AUGAUAGCCAACCAAGAGUCUCUUGGCAAAGCCAUCAACAGCGCAGGCCUCCACGAGCCUGUGAACUUUCGAUGGCGUGUCACUGGCUACUACACGCCCGACCUUCUCGAGAGCCACCUUGAGAGACUGACCAAGGCUACCGAAAAGUACCUGAAAGAUUGUCCCUGGCCAGCCAAAGAACUCGAGUAUGGGUCUCUCAGGGUCAAGUCGAUGCCCCUGUGCUCCCGCGAGGAACGCAACAAGGCUCCUUUGGACAAGAACGGAAGAGCGUACUUUGACAUGACGGUACAUGAAUCCAGCGUCUCUUUUAAGCUGGUCGAAUUGCACGAAUCGCUCUAUGACUGCCUGUUUCCCAGACGUGGUGAAAAGUACCCUGUCACCAAGGGCUCCGGCUUUCGCUGUCAACUGCCCAUUGGUGGUUUUGAGGGGCCAAAUCACAUCUUUAGUAUCAAUGAAUUAUGGCUGACUUUGGCGCAGAACCUUCUGAGACUUAAGGCCGUUUCCACAGAGUCCGCCGAAGAGCUCUCACACGUGCGCAACGGCCCAAAUGCCGUCCAGACAAUCGUACACCAUCUACUCGAUACUUACCUCACAUUGUGGAAGACCUUCAAGCACACGCUCGCUGCGGCCAAGGACGAAGACGCUUCACCCAAGAUGAUCAAGAACGUCGUGACCAAUGCCGAGAUCAUGCUAUCUUCCUUGAAUAGACUCGUCAAUAACAUUGAGCGCCAUGUCGGGAAGCCCGUUCCGGGAUGCAAGAGUCGAUUCUUCCUCAAGAGGUGGAUCAAGAACUAUUUCCGAACAGCGGAAUCGCCUACCGUUUGCCUUGACACUGACAUCACGGGUCUUGACGUUGAUCGUUCCAAGUGCAUGCUUCAUCGCAAACUUCGUCGCUACGAAGCAGCCUUGUGCAACAUGAUAGCUACCGUCCGUCUUCUGGAUCCGAGCACAUGCAAAAAGUUCGAGCAGGUGGUUGACUCGACGGCCAACACUCCCGACAAGGCCGACUUUUUGCAUAUGUACGCCGGCACUCGGAAAGGGAUGCCGAAUUUGACCAGAGGGCGCCUGCUGGACGAUAUCAAAGGGUUCAUGGAGGGAGUCGAGGAUACACACCGCAAGCUUGUUGAUCACCUUGAGGUCAUCGAACAAGAGAUUGGCUGGUCGAUCGACCCUAACUCGAGGGUUUCGUGGUUCCAUUCGGCAGAGCUGAAGGAAAAGUGCUACGACUCGGACUCUAUUGACUCUACUGACUGA